AUGAAUGAUGCAUCUGAGGCCGAAGAGGCCCUCACCUCGCAGGUGAUAGUUAGCGUCUUGGUUCUGCGCAGCCGCGUGGGUUUUGCCUCCUACGACAGCGCCACCUGCCAGGUGAGCUGCGCCGAGUCCGCGGUGGUGCCGGACCGCAGUGAAGAGGUCGUUAUUCGCAGUGCGAUGGAUGUGCCUGGGGACAUUGCGUGGGUGGCGCAGCUUCUCGCACUCAAGAGGCCGAAGGCGGUGCUGAUCCCCUCAGCGGGCUCGCAAGUGCUGCUGGAUAUUGCCUUUUUGUUUGGCGUGAACGUCGUUCUCACCGCCCCCCGCGAGUUUGACGAGGGCCGCAUUUGGGACCUUCUUAGUCUCCUGUGGGGAGGCGUCACUCGACUGGAGUGGAACUCCCGUAUCUGCCCGAGCAAUCAUGUGAUGCUAAUGGCGCUCUCCGCGCUCCUGCCGUACCUGCAGCGGUGCGAGUGUCCCAUAGCCGACGUUGUCGAGGUGCCUCCGAUGGGUCUGCUGUACGUGGAUCAGGACACGCUGUCUGCGCUGCAGCUUCGUCGGACAGAACCGCAUCCAAUGGACUAUCAAGGGAUUGGGCGUGGGAAGGAGGGCCUUUCUCUGCUAAGCGUCGUGGAUCGCACGUGCAGUGUGCUGGGUCGGGCGCUUCUUCGGCAGUGGUUUGCCCUUCCGGUGCGGGACGAAGAGGAAUUGCGGCGACGGUACGACGUCGUCUCAUUUUUUACAGCACAGGAGAAUUAUGAUCUCAUGGUGCAGCUGCGGCGCGCACUGCGUCAUGUGCGGUACACGAGCAACAUAUUCACAAAGAUUCGGGCGGCAAAGCACACAACCACCGACUAUGAGAACCUUUUACGCACUGUGAAGGGUUUUUUGCGCAUCUCUUCCCUGCUCUCUCCUGUGGCACAUUCCAUACCUUUGUUUUUGUGUAUUGUGACAAGCUGUCAAAACACUCAACUGGAGGAAAUGGGCCGUCUCAUUGAUGGGGGUAUUUCUUUUUCCCGAGAUCCUGGCGGGGCGUUGAGUAAAACCUACGUGCAUAUCCGCGCGGGCUUUGAUGCCACAUUAGACGAACUUCACGCCCACUGCGCCCGUUUGGAUGAGGUGUUGACGAAUGUUGCACAUGAGGAGUCCCGCUGCCUGCCUUCAGUCUGGGGUCGCUGUAGCGUGGUGUGUUUGUUUGCCCCGCAUUGGGGCUACGUCGUGACGCUCCCUCGUUUACCGUUGUCCGUUGUCCAGGAGGAUCUGCCACCGGAUUGGGAGUUGCUGCUUCAAACCGAGGAGGGGCCCUUCUUUAAGACCCCAUUGACCCGUCGCAUGGAUGAGGAGCUCGGAGACGUGCGCUCAGCCAUUUUGGAGAGAGAGGGGGCGAUUCAGCGCCAGUUGGAUCAACAGUUAAUAGUCCUGUCACCGGCACUGAUUCCGCUGCAUCUUUGUGCGGAACUUGACUGUCUCAUGGGCUUCGCCCUUUGUGCGUUGGAGGGUCAAUGGAGCCGCCCAGAGAUUGUGCCGGAGCCUGGCGUCCUUGUCAUUGACCGCGGCUUUCACCCUAUUUUUGCACGGACGGCGGCGCAUCAAGUCGUGCCGUAUUCACUAAAUAUUCGCCACAGCACACAACGAGUUUGUGUGGUGACAGGGGCGAAUGGAAGUGGAAAGUCUGUCUUUAUCACAGCCGUCGCGCAUGCAGUGUUUCUUGCCCAUAUUGGGUCCUAUGUCCCCUGUGCCCACGCCACCAUUGGUCUCUUGGACACCUUGAUGGCCCUUUACACCGUGUCGUCCAAUUUGAACGACAGAAACUCGGCCUCCGCAGCGAAGGAGUUGCAGUCAAGCUUCGGGAAUGAGUUGGUCUCAAUGAGCCGCAUGCUACAGAGGUGCAGUAGUCGGAACAAGGAGGGAGGAGCUGGAUCUGGGCGUUCUUUGCUGGUGUUGGAUGAGUUUGGAAAGGGGACGCUUUCCAUGGAUGGUGCCGCAUUGCUGGCAGCCUCGAUACUGUCCCUGAUUUCGUUUGGCGAGCGGCGCCCUAUUGUGCUUCUGGCAACGCACUAUGUGGAGGUGCUGCAGCCGCGGCUCAUUCCUCGGGAGGAAAUUGUGCUGCUUGAGAUGCAGACAACGCUCGCGAGGACUGCUUCUAGGCGGGGAGAAGCGAGCGAAGACACGGAUGAGGAAGUUGUCGGUGGUGCUGAGCAACUUGUUCACACGUAUUCUGUGGGGCCCGUUCAAAGUACCGGCAGCAUGGACACCUCGCAGCAGAAGGGAAUGACUGCCCAAGCCCUGCACUUUGCGCUACAAUUCUCUGUUCCUCCUCUCUUAUUACAGCGUGCGUGGGAAUUAAUUGUCACAGAAGGUCUAUGA